AUGCUCCCCGAUUACUCCGACUCUUCACCAAAUUCACCUACUCCUAUAAUUACUAACAACGAUACUUCAACUUUCACCUCAAGUGCUCAAAUAGAUACUCAUUCAAUCAUACUCCCUGAUUACUCCGACAACUCUUGUCCAAAUUCUCAUACUCAUUUAAUUACUAAAAAAGAUACUCCAGCUUUCAACCCAAGUCCUCAAAUUGAUUCUAAUUCAUUCAUGCUCCCUGAUUACCCCGACACAUCUUCACCAAACUCUCCUGCUCCUUUAAUUACUAAGAAAGAUCCUUCAACUUCAGGUGGUCAAAUAGAUCCUAAUUCAUUCAUACUUCCUGAUUACUCCGACGACUCUUCACCAAAGUCUCCUACUACUUUAAUUACUAAGAAUAACACUCAACCUUUCAAACAAAUCGAUGAACCUAUGCAGUACCAAAUCUUACAUUCGGAUCCUACUAUUCCUUUAUCUGUUUCUUAUAUGGGUAGUGACUUGAUUAUGAAACUUUUAAAUAAAGAUGUAGGCUCAAGGAUAAAUUCUUAUAGCGAUUUAAUGUCACAUGAUUUCUUCACGUGUAAAUUCAUUGUUUGA